AGCAAUGGAAGAGUUAAUCGUUGAACUUCGUCUCUUUCUUGAACUCCUGGACCAUGAAUAUCUAACCUCAACUGUCAGGGAGAAAAAGGCAGUUAUCACAGACAUCCUGCUGAGGAUACAGUCAUCCAAAGGUUUUGAAGUGAAAGAUCAUGCUGCGAAGCCAGAGACCCCCAACAGCCUGCCGGCCCCUCCCCAGAUGCCUCUGCCAGAGAUCCCGCAGCCGUGGCUGCCGCCUGACAGUGGGCCGCCACCGCUACCGACAUCCUCUCUCCCGGAAGGCUACUACGAGGAGGCCGUGCCGCUGAGUCCCGGAAAGGCUCCGGAAUACAUCACCUCAAAUUAUGACUCAGAUGCAAUGAGUAGCUCUUACGAAUCAUACGACGAAGAGGAGGAAGACGGAAAGGGGAAGAAAACGCGGCACCAGUGGCCCUCGGAGGAGGCCUCCAUGGACCUGGUAAAGGAUGCCAAGAUCUGUGCCUUCCUGCUGCGGAAGAAACGCUUCGGGCAGUGGACCAAGUUACUCUGCGUCAUCAAAGACACCAAACUACUGUGCUACAAAAGUUCCAAGGACCAGCAGCCCCAGAUGGAACUGCCGCUCCAAGGCUGCAACAUUACAUACAUCCCAAAGGACAGCAAAAAGAAGAAGCAUGAAUUGAAAAUUACUCAGCAGGGCACGGACCCGCUUGUUCUUGCUGUGCAGAGCAAGGAGCAGGCCGAGCAGUGGCUGAAGGUGGUCAGAGAGAUCUACAGCAGCUGCAGCGGGCCAGCAGACUCGGAAUGUCCUCCCCCUUCCAGCUCCCCGGUGCACAAGGCAGAACUGGAGAAGAAACUGUCUUCAGAGAGACCAAGCUCGGAUGGGGAGGGCGUUACAGAAAAUGGAAUUGCUGUGUGUAACGGGAAAGAACAAGUUAAGAGGAAAAAAAGUUCCAAAUCAGAGGCCAAGGGAACUGUGUCUAAAGUCACUGGGAAAAAAAUCACCAAGAUCAUCGGUUUGGGAAAGAAAAAGCCAUCGACAGAUGAACAGACCUCCUCAGCGGAGGAAGAUGUGCCUACUUGUGGCUACCUGAACGUGCUCUCCAACAGCCGCUGGCGGGAGCGCUGGUGCCGCGUCAAGGAAAACAAGCUCAUCCUCCACAAGGACAGGGCCGACCUGAAGACCCACAUCGUCUCCAUCCCGCUCCGCGGCUGCGAGGUCAUCCCGGGGCUAGACUCCAAACACCCGCUGACGUUCCGGCUGCUUCGCAACGGCCAGGAGGUGGCUGUGUUGGAGGCAUCUUCUUCUGAAGACAUGGGCAGGUGGAUUGGGAUUUUGCUGGCUGAGACGGGGUCCUCCACAGACCCUGGGGCCCUGCACUAUGAUUACAUAGAUGUGGAGAUGUCGGCCAAUGUCAUUCAGACGGCCAAGCAAACCUUCUGUUUCAUGAACAGGCGUGUUCUGUCCACUAAUCCGUAUGUAGGGAGCACCGCCAACGGCUACGCACACCCCAGCGGGACGGCGCUGCACUACGACGAUGUCCCCUGCAUCAGCGGCUCGUGGGGACCCGACGGUGGCUUUCCCGCUCCCCGUGGCCGAGGCCUGGGAGAAGAGGCGCUCUAUGAUAACGCGGUCCUGUACGAUAACUUGCCGUCUCCGAAAAUCUUUGCUCGGUGCCCUCCUGCUGACAGGAAGGCCGCUAGGCCAUCUCCUGACAAGCUGUCCUGUAACCACUACAAACACCCUGCCUCUUCCGGCCCGCCGUCCUCCCCGUCUGUCACUAACACCUCUUCUCUGGGGAGGGCAUCUCUCGGGCUCAGCUCACAGUUGAAGGGUAAAAAGCCGCCCCCCGUGGCAUCCAACGGGGUUACGGGAAAAGGCAAGGCUCUGAGCAGUCAGCAAAAAAAAGCUGAUUCAGCGGCUGGCGUGAAGCGAACGCCUUCAAACGCUGACCAGUACAAAUACGGCAAGAACCGGGUGGAAGCGGAUGCCAAGCGGCUGCAGGCCAAAGAGGAGGAGCUGCUGAAGAGGCGGGAAGGCCUGCGGGACAGGCUGGCCCAGUUGCGGGAGGGGAGGAAGGGCCUGAGGGCCGCCAUCGGAGUGAACACCGGCAGGAAGACCCAGGUGAUCCUGGAAGAGAAGCUGAAGAAGCUGGAGGAGGAAUGCAAGCAGAGGGAGACGGAGCGCGUCAACCUGGAGCUGGAGCUGACAGAGGUCAAGGAGAGCCUCAAGAAAGCCCUGGCCGGCGGGGUCACCCUGGGGCUGGCCAUCGAGCCCCGGCCAGGGACGUCGAGUCCGCAGUCUCCAGUUUUUAGGCACCGGACUCUGGAGAACUCGCCCAUGUCCAGCUGUGAGACCAGUGACGCAGAGGGCCCAGUGCCCGUGAACAGUGCAGCCGUCCUGAGGAAGAGCCAGCCGGCCCCCGCCAGCUCCCCCUGCCGGGGACACGUGCUUCGGAAGGCCAAGGAGUGGGAGCUGAAGAACGGGACAUAGAG